UAGCGAAUUCGGUUACACUGAAAAAAUAUUUAAAACAUACCUGGUAUUUGAGUAUGAUUUCGGUAUGUUUUCAGUAGAAUUCUAAAAGUAUACUCAAAUUAUACUCAUCCAUAACAAAAAUUUAGGUAUGUUUUUGAACAAUUUAUACCGAAGUUAUACUGAGAUAAAAAAAUUGGUGGAGGGUCGACUCCUCAGAGGGCCACUUUUGUGUUGUGAGCUGCUGUAGAGGAUCUGGGGCUGAGUAAAAAUAUUUUUUGACCAUGAAUUGUAUUUAUUUGACUUAUGUCCGUGCCCACGGAUGAUGAAGAAUUGAUUUCAAGUCAAUUGAUCCCCGAAAAAAAAAUCUAUCGGUUGACCCUGCAGACCUCAAGACAAGAGGAAAUUUAUAAUGAGUGGCCCUAGGAACAGAAUAUUUGCUACAGUAAAUGAAUAUGGCAAUGAUCUAAACUUUUUCGAUAGUAGUUACACUACUUUUAAAAAAGCUGUAUCAAAAAUAAAAUGUUUCAAAAAGAUAGUCCACCAAGACCUAAUGAGUUUGAUGAUUUUGACGAAAAUGAUAUGGUUUAUGUGGAUGAUAUAGAUGAAGUGAUCGAUUUAGAAUCAGAUUUGCAACAUGAUAGGAUGGAAGAGGAUGAAUUAGAAACCGAUGAUGCCGUUACUGUUUUCAAGCAUCACAAAGAGCCAGUAAUUUGUGGAUCUUUAACAAAUGAUGGGAAGAUUGCAGUUACCGGUGGGCAAGAUGAUGUCGCUUAUAUCUGGAAUACAGAAUCCGGAGAAAUAAUUUAUGAAUGCAAUGGACACAAAGACAGCAUUAUUUUUGCUGAAUUCAGUCCUGAUAAUUCUUACGUAGCAGCUGGAGAUCUGAGUGGCAUCAUUCAGGUUUGGAGAAUGCGAGAUAAAGUUCUUGUUUGGAGUUACAAUAUGGGAGAUGCGUCGUGGAUGAAAUGGCAUAAUGUUGCAAACAUUAUUUUUGCUGGUAGUGUAGAAGGUGAAAUUUAUAUGUGGAAAAUUCCAAGUGGUGAAUGUAAAGUAUUCCAAGGGUAUGGUCAUAAAACAGAGGCUGCAGCCAUUACAUUUGAUGGAAAAAAGUUAGUAGCAGGAUAUAAAGAUGGAACAAUUCGUGUAUUGGAUUUAAAAGAAGGUUCUGUACAAACAACGAUACCAGGAAACUCAGCACAUUCAGACGCUAUCACAAAUUUAGAGUGUCAAGCUGAUGGCAAGUUGAUUUUAUCUGCAGCAGUUGACGGAAGGACAGUUCUCAGUACAACUCAGAAUGGAAAGAUUGUCAGUAUACUUCAAAACUUACAAGAAAAUAAGUCGGUUGAGACAAAUGAGGAUGAUGCCGACACUCAAUCUCAAUCUCAAGAAAAUUGGCCUGAAUCAGUAGCGUUCUGUAGAAAUCUUGAGCUUCAUCUGGCGGCUUCAGGUACAAUCAAUGGAGAAUUAUUUAUCUGGGAUACUUCCAAACAAGUAAUAAGACAUAAAAUAACCCAAGAAAGAGGCAUCACGAAACUUGAAUGGAUAGCAAACACACCGUUUAUAUGUACUGCUGGAUUAGACGGUAUUGUAAGAUUUUAUGAUGCGAGAACAAAGGAAUGUCUUAAAGAAUUAUCUGGACAUUCUGAUACUAUUUUAGAUUUACAUGUUUGCAGAAAUAAUACGAAAAUCUUAACAACAUCUGAAGAUUGUACCGCCAGAAUUUUUGAUGUUACCGACUUGCAAUUUAAAUAGGGCAGCAUUAAAUAUGAUUAUAAGUAAUGAUUUUGAUAAUAAUUUAUGAAUAUUAACUUUGUAGCAAAUUUGUUUUAUUUUUAAUAAUUAUUUUCAACCCUACAAAUACUCGUUUAAUUAGAAUAUUAUUUUUAUAUAAAAUAUAUACCAUCUGAUAAUAGAUUUAUCAGGAAGAAUGAGUUUGAGAAAUUAUUAAUAAAAUGAGAGCAUUAUAAAUCUUUGGUUAUUUUUUUG